GUCACGCCCCUCCAGCUACCCGCUCGCGAAGCCCGGCGGGCAAUAGUAACCGUGGCGUUGCCGUCGCGCCACUGCAAUGGCCGUGGCCGUGGCCGUGUCACGCACGCGGCAGUUCUUGGCCUGCAUUGCCGUGGCGGCCCUGGUGCUCGCCGUGCCGCCGUGCAACGUGGCCGGUCACUCGCGGGGGCUGCAGCCGGGGCGCGGCGAGGCGGAGCCGUUCCCGGGGAACUCCACGCGGGCGGAGAUGAUCGAGCGGCGGUUCAUGGAGUGGGUGCGGUACAUGGGCGGCCUCCGGCACAGCACGUUCCAGCACGCGCUCGCCCGCGCCUUCCCCUCUUACUCGCUCAUCGUCGACAAGAACCCGGCGUUCGGCGACUUCACGUCCAUCCAGGCCGCCGUCGACUCGCUCCCGGUCAUCAACCUCAUCCGCGUCGUCAUCAAGGUCAACGCCGGCACCUACACGGAGAAGGUGACCAUAUCGCCGAUGCGCGCGUUCAUCACCCUCGAGGGGGCCGGCGCCGGCAAGACGAUCGUGCAGUGGGGCGACACCGCGGACACGCCGUCCGGGCCGUCGGGGCGCCCGCUCGGCACGUUCAACUCCGCGUCGUUCGCCGUGAACGCUCAGUACUUCCUCGCCAGGAACAUCACUUUCAAGAACACGUCACCGGUGCCGAAGCCGGGUGCGUCGGGGAAGCAGGCGGUGGCGCUGCGGGUGUCGGCGGACAACGCGGCGUUCGUGGGGUGCAACUUCCUGGGCGCGCAGGACACGCUGUAUGAUCACUCGGGCCGCCACUACUACAAGGAUUGCUACAUCGAAGGGUCCGUGGAUUUCAUCUUUGGCAAUGCGCUCUCUCUGUACGAGGGUUGCCACGUGCACGCGAUCGCUCGUGACUACGGGGCGCUGACGGCGCAGAACCGGCAGAGCAUGCUGGAGGACACGGGGUUCUCGUUCGUCAACUGCCGGGUGACGGGGUCCGGCGCGCUCUACUUGGGCCGCGCCUGGGGCACCUUCUCCCGCGUCGUCUUCGCCUACACCAACAUGGACAACAUCAUCAUCCCGCGCGGCUGGUACAACUGGGGCGACCCCAACCGCGAGAUGUACGUCCCGUCCUCCCUCUCCUCCAGCUUCCUUCGAAUCCUCUUACGAAAUCGUCACAAAACCGCCAUGCAUGCCACCUGGCUGGCAGGCGUCGGGCGUGUUCUGUUCGCCGGUAGUCACCUGACUCGACAACGCCAUGCAUGUUACGCUUGCAUUUGCCCAUCUCAUCUUACGGACAUCUCCCUAGCUCUCUCUGGUGAUCGGAUGUCCCAGUUGACCAAAUGCUAGCUAUCGCGUCGCCGCUUGCGGUAUGGAAAGCAAACGAAGAGCUCAGCUAGUUUGCACGCAUGUAGAAGAGCUGCUAAAGAUUCGUGAACGAUAAUAAUGCUGUGUUGUGGAGACGAAGGGAGCACUUACCUGCUCCCAUUCUGGUGAAUCAUCCGACUGCACGGGUGGCUGGCCUUCCCUGAUCUCGUUGGGAUUGUAGCCGCUUUUCAGAUUCGAUGCCCACUGCCCGGCACAGGUACGCGGGCAAAAAAGCAGAGCCCUAGGCUAGCAUGAUCGCAAAAGGCAAUGCUAAGACAGAUCAAAACUUUCCGUGGCCGAUAAAAUCCGACUCGGAUCGAAAACCUGCGCAAUCGUCGUACGGU